GAACUCGUAUGUUCGGUUAAGACAUUUAUGUACCAACACUUGGGUAACCAGCACUAGCAUCCCCAUAGACACAGAGGAAGAGAGGCCGGUUAUGCUGAAGCCUUACCGAACUCCUGGUGUAUGCCAGGCACUGGGCCAGGUAGCAUGUGUGCGUGCGGUGGUAAUGCAGGAUGAACAGCAGACUAUGGCUAUGUCUUUUCGCAAUCUAUGGGCUUCAGGGUUUGUAACCAAAUUAUUGGAAGACCUCAUCUUCUUUGUCGCUGAUGUACUUAAUAAUGGACAAGAAGUUCUGGAUGUGGUUAUCACUAAGCCAAACCGAGAACGUCAAAAAUUAAUGAGGGAACAAAACAUAUUGGCACAGGUAUUUGGAAUUCUUAAAGCACCCUUUAAGGAGAAAACAGGAGAAGGCCCAAUGCUGAGACUUGAAGAUCUGGGGGACCAGAGAUAUGCUCCCUACAAGUACAUGCUGAGGUUAUGCUACCGCGUGCUGAGACAUUCGCAGCAGGACUACCGGAAAAACCAGGAAUAUAUUGCUAAGAAUUUCUGUGUCAUGCAGUCCCAGAUUGGCUAUGAUAUUUUGGCAGAAGAUACCAUCACAGCUUUGUUGCACAACAAUAGAAAACUACUAGAGAAACAUAUCACAGCAAAAGAAAUAGAAACAUUUGUCAGUUUACUCAGGAGAAAUCGUGAGCCAAGAUUCUUGGAUUAUUUAUCAGAUCUGUGUGUGUCUAAUACCACUGCUAUACCUGUAACUCAAGAACUCAUCUGUAAAUUUAUGUUGAGCCCAGGCAAUGCAGACAUUCUCAUUCAAACUAAACUGGUUUCAAUGCAAAUGGACAACCCCAUGGAGAGCUCCAUCCUUUCAGAUGACAUUGAUGACGAGGAAGUUUGGCUCUACUGGAUUGACAGCAACAAGGAACCUCAUGGUAAAGCUAUCAGGCACCUUGCUCAGGAAGCAAAAGAAGGCACCAAAGCUGAUUUAGAAGUUCUUACCUAUUACAGGUACCAGUUAAACCUCUUUGCAAGGAUGUGCUUGGAUCGCCAGUAUCUGGCCAUAAACCAGAUUUCGACACAGCUCUCUGUGGAUUUGAUCCUACGGUGUGUGUCGGACGAGAGCCUGCCAUUUGACCUCCGCGCAUCUUUUUGUCGCCUCAUGCUCCACAUGCAUGUUGACCGGGAUCCCCAGGAGUCCGUGGUGCCCGUUCGCUAUGCCAGGCUCUGGACAGAAAUCCCCACAAAGAUCACAAUUCAUGAAUAUGAUUCUAUAACAGACUCUUCCAGAAAUGAUAUGAAGAGGAAAUUUGCACUGACAAUGGAAUUUGUUGAAGAAUACUUGAAAGAAGUUGUAAAUCAGCCUUUUCCUUUUGGGGAUAAAGAAAAAAACAAACUGACAUUUGAGGUGGUCCACUUGGCUCGGAAUCUCAUAUACUUUGGAUUUUAUAGUUUCAGUGAGUUAUUAAGGCUCACAAGAACACUACUGGCUAUCCUAGAUAUUGUACAGGCCCCCAUGUCAUCAUAUUUUGAAAGAUUAAGCAAAUUUCAUGAUGGAGGGAACAAUGUCAUGAGAACCAUCCACGGGGUGGGAGAGAUGAUGACCCAGAUGGUGCUCAGUAGAGGCUCCAUCUUCCCCAUGAGCGUGCCUGAUGUCCAGCCCAGCAUCCACCCCAGCAAGCAAGGGAGCCCUGUUGACCAUGAGGACGUGACCGUGAUGGACACCAAGCUGAAGAUUAUUGAAAUCUUACAGUUUAUCCUGAGUGUCAGACUAGAUUAUCGGAUCUCAUAUAUGCUGUCAAUAUAUAAGAAGGAAUUUGGAGAGAACAACGAGAAUGCUGAAACAUCUACAAAUGGCUCUCCAGAUACAUUACUACCAUCAGCUAUUGUUCCUGAUAUAGAUGAAAUUGCAGCUCAGGCAGAAACUAUGUUUGCUGGAAGAAAAGAAAAAAAUCCAGUACAACUUGAUGAUGAAGGAGGCAGGACAUUUUUACGGGUCCUCAUUCAUCUGAUCAUGCACGACUACCCUCCUUUGCUGUCAGGAGCCCUGCAGCUUCUGUUCAAGCACUUCAGCCAGAGAGCGGAAGUUUUACAGGCAUUUAAACAGGUGCAAUUGCUGGUGUCCAAUCAAGAUGUAGACAACUACAAGCAAAUAAAGGCAGAUCUCGACCAGCUUCGACUAACUGUAGAGAAAUCCGAGUUAUGGGUUGAGAAGAGCAGCAGCUAUGAGAAUGAAGAAAUGGGUGAAAAUCAAGUAAAAGGUGGUGAAGAACCACUUGAGGAAUCAAACAUUUUAAGUCCAGUGCAGGAUGGAACAAAGAAACCCCAGAUUGACAGCAAUAAGAGCAAUAACUACCGGAUUGUAAAGGAGAUUUUGAUUAGGCUAAGUAAACUGUGUAUACAGAAUAAAAAGUGUCGGGUUCAACAUCAGCGAUUACUGAAAAAUAUGGGAGCUCAUUCGGUGGUGUUGGAUCUUCUGCAGAUACCCUAUGAAAAGAAUGAUGAAAAGAUGAAUGAAGUGAUGAACCUGGCCCAUACAUUCCUGCAGAAUUUCUGUCGGGGAAAUCCACAGAAUCAAGUCCUCCUUCAUAAACAUCUGAAUUUAUUUUUAACUCCUGGUCUCCUAGAAGCAGAAACCAUGCGGCACAUCUUCCUGAACAAUUACCAUCUGUGCAAUGAGAUUAGCGAGAGAGUCGUGCAGCAUUUUGUGCACUGCAUCGAGACACACGGCCGCCACGUGCAAUACCUGAGGUUUUUGCAAACAAUUGUCAAAGCAGAUGGUAAAUAUGUGAAGAAAUGCCAGGAUAUGGUCAUGACGGAGCUGAUAAAUGGGGGUGAAGAUGUGCUGAUAUUUUACAAUGAUAGAGCAUCGUUUCCCAUCCUCCUCCAUAUGAUGUGUUCAGAGAGAGACCGAGGGGAUGAGAGCGGCCCCUUAGCCUACCACAUCACCCUCGUGGAGUUGCUGGCAGCGUGUACAGAGGGGAAAAAUGUCUACACUGAAAUCAAGUGCAAUUCCUUGCUGCCCCUGGAUGACAUCGUGAGGGUGGUGACCCAUGAUGACUGCAUCCCUGAGGUUAAAAUUGCUUAUGUGAAUUUUGUUAAUCACUGUUACGUUGACACUGAAGUGGAAAUGAAAGAAAUUUACACGAGUAACCACAUUUGGAGAUUAUUUGAGAACUUCUUGGUGGAUAUGGCAAGGGUUUGCAACACAACCACCGAUAGGAAACACGCCGACCUUUUCCUGGAGAAGUGUGUUACUGAGUCAAUAAUGAAUAUUGUGAGCGGCUUCUUUAAUUCUCCAUUUUCAGACAACAGUACCAGCCUCCAGACACAUCAGCCAGUUUUUAUUCAGCUGCUGCAGUCUGCCUUCAGAAUUUACAAUUGCACCUGGCCAAACCCAGCCCAGAAAGCCUCGGUGGAGUCCUGUAUCAGAACUUUGGCUGAAGUGGCUAAGAAUCGUGGAAUUGCUAUUCCAGUGGAUUUGGACAGCCAAGUUAAUACUCUUUUUAUGAAGAGCCAUUCAAAUAUGGUGCAGAGAGCAGCCAUGGGUUGGCGACUGUCAGCUCGCUCUGGACCACGUUAUAAGGAAGCUCUUGGAGGGCCUGCUUGGGAUUAUAGAAAUAUUAUUGAAAAAUUGCAGGAUGUGGUGGCCUCCUUGGAGCAACAAUUCAGCCCGAUGAUGCAGGCUGAAUUCUCAGUGUUGGUUGAUGUGCUGUACAGUCCAGAACUUCUGUUCCCUGAGGGGACUGAUGCAAGAAUACGAUGUGGGGCUUUCAUGUCCAAGUUGAUUAAUCAUACAAAGAAACUAAUGGAGAAAGAAGAAAAACUGUGCAUUAAAAUUCUUCAGACUUUACGAGAAAUGCUAGAGAAGAAAGACAGCUUUGUGGAAGAGCAACAAACAUUUAUUAAAAGCCUGCUUCAUACAAAGUACAGUACCAAGUUCUGUACAAGACACCAGGAAGUAUCAAUUAUUUGCCCACAGGAAGUUGGUGCUCUAAUACAGGAUGCAUGCCAUGUGAGUACAUGUGAAAAAUUAAAGCUGCAGGGCAUGAUUGGAGGGGACACGGACUGCCAAGCCACCGAGGAGGCUGAGAAGGCGGCCUCUGCCAACGACAGCAUGGGAUUAUGUAACGCCUGCAGUGUCUGGCACUGUGCUCCACUGGAGACACAUCACGUGUUGUGCAAUGCUCUUGGCCCUGAAAUUCAAUUAGAUUGCUUUGAACGAUCCACGUGUAUUGCUACUCAUGAAUCCAAUGGGAUUGAUAUCAUCAUUGCUUUGAUUCUAAAUGACAUAAACCCUCUUGGUAAAUACCGAAUGGACCUGGUGCUCCAACUAAAGAACUUCUUGAGGAAUCAAAACAACAAAACAAAUUACAACCUUGUCUGUGAGACCCUUCAGUUUUUGGACUGCAUUUGUGGAAGUACAACAGGUGGCCUGGGCCUGUUGGGUCUCUACAUCAAUGAGAAGAACGUAGUGCUGGUCAACCAGACUCUGGAAAGCUUGACUGAGUAUUGCCAGGGCCCGUGCCAUGAAAAUCAGUAUUCUUUCUACCAACAAUUGCAUGAACAAAAAAAGUCAGAAAAAUUCUUCAAAGUUCUAUAUGACCGAAUGAAGGCUGCUCAGAAAGAGAUAAGAUCAACAGUGACAGUGAAUACUGUAGACCUGGGUAACAAAAAAAGGGAUGAUGACAAUGAAUUGAUGACAUCCGGUCCACGAAUAAGAGUGAGAGAUUCAUCAUUACAUUUAAAAGAGGGAAUGAAAGGGCAAUUAACAGAAGCGUCUUCAGCAACAUCCAAAGCAUACUGUGUAUACAGAAGAGAAAUGGAUCCAGAAGUCGACAUUAUGUGUACAGGAUCAGACGCAGGAAACGCCGAGGAAAAGUCUGCAGAGGAGGUAACGAUGAGCCCUGCAAUUGCCAUCAUGCAGCCGAUACUGAGAUUUCUUCAGUUGCUGUGUGAGAAUCACAACCGGGAAUUACAGGUGGAUGUGAUGAAGAAUGCCUAUAACCAAGGACUGGAAUGUGAUCAUGGGCACGAUGAGGGUGGAGAUGACGGUGUUUCNCCCGCUCUUUCUGGGUUUGCUUUGUUGGCCCGCCACAACAAAUUAUUACAGCAGAUGCUCAAACCAGGAUCAGAUCCAGAUGAUGGGGAUGAAGCCUUGAAGUAUUAUGCCAACCACACCGCACAGAUUGAGAUUGUUCGGCAUGAUAGGACCAUGGAGCAAAUCGUUUUUCCUGUCCCCAAUAUAUGUGAAUACCUUACGCGAGAGUCUAAGAGCCGCGUGUUCAAUACGACUGAAAGGGAUGAACAAGGAAGUAAGGUGAAUGACUUUUUCCAGCAAACAGAAGACCUCUACAAUGAAAUGAAGUGGCAGAAGAAAAUCAGGAGUAACCCUGCACUGUUCUGGUUCUCGAGGCACAUUUCUCUCUGGGGAAGCAUUUCCUUCAACUUGGCUGUGUUCAUCAAUUUAGCCGUUGCACUCUUCUACCCAUUUGGGGACGAUGGAGAUGAAGGUACACUUUCUCCAUUGUUCUCAGUUCUUCUUUGGAUAGCAGUCGCAAUCUGCACAUCUAUGCUGUUUUUCUUCUCCAAGCCUGUGGGCAUUCGGCCAUUUCUCGUGUCAGUAAUGCUCAGAUCAAUAUAUACAAUAGGUCUUGGGCCGACAUUAAUACUUCUUGGUGCAGCUAACCUUUGUAACAAAAUAGUAUUUCUGGUGAGUUUUGUCGGAAAUCGUGGCACAUUCACCCGAGGCUACCGAGCGGUCAUCCUGGAUAUGGCCUUUCUCUACCACGUAGCAUAUGUCCUGGUUUGCAUGCUGGGCCUUUUUGUGCAUGAAUUCUUCUAUAGCUUCCUGCUUUUUGAUUUGGUGUACAGAGAAGAGACUCUGCUCAAUGUCAUCAAAAGUGUCACACGGAAUGGCCGCUCCAUUAUUCUAACUGCUGUCCUCGCUCUCAUCCUUGUCUACCUGUUUUCCAUUAUUGGGUUCCUUUUUCUGAAGGAUGACUUCACGAUGGAAGUGGAUAGGCUGAAAAACAGAACUCCCAUUACAGGGAGUAAUGACGUUUCUCCUAUGAGUUUCCCUUCAGUGAUGGAAACAUGUGACAGGGACAACUGCUCCCACACGAUACCAGCUUCAAAUACAGCUGACCAAGAGUAUGAAGAUGGCAUUGAAAGGACGUGUGACACUCUCCUUAUGUGUAUUGUCACCGUCCUGAACCAGGGCCUCAGGAACGGAGGCGGAGUGGGAGACGUGCUGAGAAGGCCAUCCAAAAAUGAGCCUCUGUUUGCUGCCCGAGUGGUAUAUGACCUUCUUUUCUAUUUCAUUGUUAUCAUUAUCGUUCUUAACCUGAUUUUUGGUGUCAUCAUUGAUACUUUUGCUGAUCUCAGAAGUGAAAAACAGAAAAAAGAAGAAAUUCUAAAGACCACCUGCUUCAUCUGUGGACUUGAGAGGGACAAGUUUGAUAAUAAAACUGUUUCAUUUGAGGAGCACAUCAAGUCAGAACACAAUAUGUGGCAUUAUUUGUACUUCCUAGUCUUGGUGAAGGUUAAAGACCCAACUGAAUACACUGGACCUGAAAGUUAUGUGGCCCAAAUGAUUGUGGAGAAGAAUUUGGACUGGUUUCCUCGGAUGCGAGCCAUGUCCCUUGUUAGCAAUGAAGGUGACAGUGAGCAAAAUGAGAUUCGGAACCUCCAGGAGAAGUUGGAGUCGACCAUGAGUCUGGUCAAGCAGCUGUCGGGUCAGCUGGCAGAGCUCAAGGAGCAGAUGACAGAACAAAGGAAGAAUAAGCAGAGACUGGGCUUUCUCGGAUCAAACACACCCCAUGUGAACCAUCACAUGCCACCACACUGACACCAUGGGGGAAAGCCGUGACUAGCCUUUCAUCAGUGUCCUGCCUGAUCACUGAAUAAAGAACUGAGACAGAGGGGAGUGAACAGUGCCUAUUGUUGAAAAGUUAAAAACAGCCAAGUGCCAAGAUGUUGAGUGGUUUAACUCUGAGAACAAUUUAUAACUGUGUUUUCAUGGUUGAGAAGACCAAACUUAAAAUGCAGCCACUAGGAAGCACACAGCACGCAUUCUGAAUGCAGCGUGCGGCAGCUUGCUCAAACGGACGGAGAGGGCAGGGAGGGGCAGGGUGGAAAGAGGGGCAGUGCAGGGAGAGAACUACCUUUUGCUAAAUCGAUAAGAGUCAGUUUUGUCUUAAAUGCUGACUGCAACCUUUGUCAUGGUUGGCUGGAAUUUCUUUCUUUUAAUGAUGGCAUAUAGGUCAGUGAUACAGGAAGUCAUAGUUGGGUGGCUAAGUUUUACUAAAGAAAAUAACUGAAAGAUUAAAAAUGAAAGUGGCAAGGAAAAAUGUUAAUGCUUCCAAACCGUAGCUGUCACAGGGCAAUUUCCUGAUUUAUAACAUGCACCACAAUGGAUUUAGAGCUCUAGGAGCUAGUGCUGUGGAGCUUCUGCCCCUCACGCUGACGACAACACAACUGGCAUGUCAUUGCUUUCUCCCAGGUUCAGAGCAGUUCUGUCAAUAGAGAGCACAAAAGGAGAUUUUCAUAUAACUUGUUAGAAGCGUGUUUUAAGUUAUGUACAGGCUAAGAUUUUAAAAGGUUUGGGGAAGAAACAGCUAACAGUAAGCCCCAGGGACGAAGAGUGUUUUUGAGAACAUAUGUGUGCUAUUAAAAUAUAUUAAGAUUAAUAAAUGAAAAUGCUUAAAGAUGACAGGAAAUAUUGAGAAACCUACGAUGGUGGCAUUGCCUUUUAUAAAUAUGGAAUAAAAGCUAUUUGAUUCAUG